CGCCGAAGGGGACUGUUUGCUCCUACGGGCUGUAGAUGGAGCUGUCCGGCCCCGGCGAGGGGGAAGGCGCCUGCAAAACGUUCUUCUUCUCCCUGGCCGGCCCGAGCGGGGAGCAGCACUCCCAGGAUGCAGUUUGUGUCAACACGGCCGCAGCCUCAGCAGCUGGGCAUCCAGGGCCUGGGGCUGGACAGCGGGAGCUGGAGCUGGGCCCAGGCUCUGCCCCCGGAGGAGGUCUGUCACCAGGAGCCGGCGCUGCGCGGGGAAAUGGCCGAGGGAAUGCCGCCCAUGCAGGCUCAAGAAUGGGACAUGGAUGCCCGGCGACCAAUGCCCUUUCAGUUCCCACCCUUCCCAGACAGGGCCCCUGUCUUCCCUGACCGCAUGAUGCGAGAGCCCCAGUUGCCCACAGCGGAGAUCUCGCUCUGGACCGUGGUGGCUGCCAUUCAGGCUGUGGAGAGGAAGGUGGAUGCCCAGGCCAGCCAGCUGCUGAACCUGGAGGGGCGCACCGGCACAGCGGAGAAGAAGCUGGCCGACUGCGAGAAGACGGCCGUGGAGUUCGGCAACCACAUGGAGAGCAAGUGGGCCGUGCUGGGCACCCUGCUGCAGGAGUACGGGCUGCUGCAGCGGCGCCUGGAGAACAUGGAGAACCUGCUUCGCAACAGGAACUUCUGGGUGCUGCGGCUGCCCCCGGGCAGCAAGGGGGAGGCCCCCAAGGUUCCCGUGACCUUCGUGGACAUUGCUGUUUACUUCUCUGAGGAUGAGUGGAAGAACCUGGAUGAAUGGCAGAAGGAGCUUUACAACAACCUCGUCAAGGAGAACUACAAAACCCUGAUGUCGCUGGACUCAGAGGGCUCAGUGCCCAAGCCAGACCCUCCGGCCCAGGUGGAGCCCAGGGAAGAACCUUGCGUGUGGGAGCAACGCCACCCUGAAGAGAGAGAUGUCCCAAUGGAUCCGAACACAGGAGCAGAGCCCCUGGUGCCCGCCCAGGAUACCUCCUCCCAGGUGAAGCGAGAGGAAGCCCUGUGUGUCCGGGGCCAGCGGGGCCUGGAGGACAGAGCCAUCCCCACGGAAUCCAUCACUGACUCCCCGAUUUCUGCCCAGGACCUGCUGUCCCGGAUCAAACAGGAGGAGCACCAGUGUGUAUGGGAUCAGCAAGAUCUGGCCGAGAGAGAUAUUCCCACGGACCCCAAUUCAGAAUCUCUCAUCUCAGCACAUGACAUUUUAUCCUGGAUCAAGCAGGAGGAGCAGCCGUACCCGUGGGGCCCCCGUGACUCUGUGGAAGGAGAGCUCGGCUUGGACUCCGGCCCCAGUGACAGCCUGCUGCUAGUGAAGAACCCGCCCCCGGCCCCGCCCCCGGCCCCGCCGCAGCCGCAGCCCCAUCAGCAGAGCCUGCCCUCGCUCCCUGUGGCCGAGAACCCGGGUGGCCCCCCAAGCCGCGGGUUGCUGGAGGAUGACUUCCCCGUGCUCCCAGGGGAGCGUGGCGGGGGCGAGGCGCAGCCCGGCGGGGAGGGUGGUGCAGGCGGCGGUGGCGGUGGCGGCGGCACGAGCGCAGGCGCAGGUGCAGGCGCAGGGGGCAGCUGCGGCAGCUGCUGCCCUGGCGGCCUGCGGCGGAGCCUCCUUCUGCAUGGCGCGCGCAGCAAGCCCUACUCGUGCCCGGAGUGCGGCAAGAGCUUCGGCGUGCGCAAGAGCCUCAUCAUCCACCACCGCAGCCACACCAAGGAGCGGCCGUACGAGUGCGCCGAGUGCGAGAAAAGCUUCAACUGCCACUCGGGCCUCAUCCGCCACCAGAUGACGCACCGCGGCGAGCGGCCCUACAAGUGCUCCGAGUGCGAGAAGACCUACAGCCGCAAGGAGCACCUGCAGAACCACCAGCGGCUGCACACGGGCGAGCGGCCCUUCCAGUGCGCGCUGUGCGGCAAGAGCUUCAUCCGCAAGCAGAACCUGCUCAAGCACCAGCGCAUCCACACGGGCGAGCGGCCCUACACGUGCGGCGAGUGCGGCAAGAGCUUCCGCUACAAGGAGUCGCUCAAGGACCACCUGCGCGUGCACAGCGGCGGCCCGGGCCUCGGCGCACCGCGGCCCCAGCAGGCGCCUCCCGAGCGAGACUAGGACUGGGCUGGGGGGAGGGGGGCGCACUGGAGCCAGGGGAAGAGCGGCCCGCGGGCAGCCUGCGGCCCGACCGUCCCGUCCCGUGGUUCUCGGCGCACCUUCCCGCCCUCCACCCUCCACCUGCCAGAAAUCGGACACGAGAAUUGCACUCCAGACAGGGUCCCUCGAGGAUUGGGCGGGGGCACCCCAGUUCUGUCCGGCCUGAGUGGAGAGCCCAGCUCAGCUCCGAGGGUGGACCGAGCUGCCGGGGAAGGGGCUGGAAGAACAGCACGGGCGCAGGAGUCCCUGGCACCCGCCCCGACCACCCAGUGUGCCCAGUGGCCGCUGGGGCCGCACGUCGUGGUCAGGGAAGUGGCCAGGAGCCUCGGCACCCCCGUGAGAUAAGGAAAUGAGCCCCCAGGCAGGCGCCCUGAGAAAGGAGGCGAAGGCGGGGCGUGAGCUGAGGGAUGGGCUAAGGGCACCACCGUAAUGGUGACAACACUGCCUCGCGUUGGAGUAGCGCUUUAUACUUUCUAAAAAGCGUUUUCUAUCCGUUAUCUGUUUUCGCCCUUAGCCUAUGCCUCAGAGAUAGGUGGGGCAGGAUUUUCCUGGCCCGAUACCUGAGGGAAGUGACACAGGUGAGAUGGUUUACCCACGACCGCAAGAGCCGCGCGUGGGCUGGCGGCGCCAGAGCUGCACACUGCCGCGCAGCGUCCCCGCCGCACACACUGCCUACCUCCGCGCCGGGGAGACCGCCCCGGCCUGGCCUUCCUGGUCCCCGCGCUCUCCCUGUCCUUCCCUUCAUGCCCCCAUUGGAAGCUACGGGGGGCCAACUCAUGGGGUGACUGGCAAGAGGGAACACAUUGGCUACGAAAUGCCCUGGGUUGUGUCUGGCCCGUUCUUCCCACGGGAGGCUCCUGGGUGGUACCCCUUCACCCCAGCCAGUCCUCUGCACCCCGCACCCGUCAGUCGGGUGCAGCGCAUCUUCUCACUGCACACUUGGUGGCCUGGCCCUCCAGAGGCAGCUGGUGCCCUGGGUCAGACCUCACUGACGAUUGCUUCACCUCCCCAGGGCAGAGGGCUGGGGGGAUUCUUGGGCUGCAAGAGCAGCCGUCAAGGAAGUGAGUCUUUCCCCAGGAGGGCCUGGCAAGUGGGUGCUAGAGUCUGAGCCUCAGUCUCUCCUGCCCUGGGCCUCCCAAUUGGUGCUAUCUGUUAAUUGACCGUGCUCAUGGACAUGGACACAGACCCUACUAUGCACCAACCCUGCCGGCGCCUUAGGAAGCGCCAGAGGACUCGCUUUCACGUUGGUGCGUCGCUCCCUGGCUCCGGGCGCCACGCCCACAGGGGCCGCAUUCUCCACUUCAGCGUCUUGCAUGGCCAGGCACCCGGGUGGGGUGGCAUGCCCCAGGACCCUUGUUCGUGUCCAAAACGACUUCCUGCCCCGCCCCCCGUGGAUCCCGCUUCCCUCCGAGCCAGGGAGCACGGUGGGCAGCCUGCACUCGGCACCACCUCUUCUGUGAGCGCUCUGCUUCUGCCCUGCCCCUCAUCUGCGCUGCUCUGCUUUCUCAGACCCCUUUUUGCCGUGCAAAGGGAAUUCUUGAAAUUAAAUAAAAGGUAUCCAGAUUGCAGACUGCAUGUUCCGAGAGCUGGAGGGCUCUCCAGCGUGGCUUCCUACAGUAAAGCCUCCGUGAACUGGAA